AUGUGGCUAUCAAUAAAGGUUGUGCUUGUUCUCGGAAUAUUAAUUGGUUCGGAUUGUUUUGCGGAAUCGGACGAAAUUAAAAUCAACAUCAACCCAGAGAGCGUAGCUAAUGAUAAUGAAAAGAAUCCAAAAUCAUCAAUAAUAAGUGACAGCGGUCACAUCACUAGUGACAAUCGUGGCAGUGACGCCAAGAUCAUAACGUUUAGUGAGAAUGGCCUCUCUGAAAGUGACAAUGAAGCUAGUGAUUCUAGGGUCAUGGAAUAUAUUGACAAACGUGGUAGUGAUGCUACAGCCAUAACGUUUAGUGAGAAUGGCCCAUCUGAAAUUGACAACGAUGGUAGUGACGGUACGACCAUAACGUUUGGUGAAAGUAGUCGGACCGCAAGUGACAAUCGUGAUAGUGAGGAUGAGAUCAUACCAUUUAGUCACAACGGUCGAUCUGAUGGUGGUAGUGACAGAAACCAACGAAGUGACAAUAACGGACAAACAAUGAAAUGGAGUGAUAGUGACUCUGAAUUAUCGCAAAUUUACUCAGAAGCGAUCCACUAUCUUACGAUGAUUCGUCUGUGGUACGACGCAAAACUUAUCGGGGCAAAAGUCGACGGGAUCGUUUGCGAUUAA